GACUCAACUGAAUACAUGACCAGCGGCGAUUAUCCCGUUUCCACAUUUUGUACCCCAUUGGUGUCUGUUGGUUAUUUGUAUUUGUAAGGGGCGGCACACCAUGUGGCCGUCGAGCAUUUGCAUAGAUGAUCAUGAAAGUUUGGAGCAAUUUGAUUCGCCACUUCAGCUCGAUGUCGUAGAGCCUGGUUUCGGAUCAAUCGAUCCUGUAUUCUUGUCGUCGACCUGAGACACCCUAGAUCAUUUGUUAGUAGCUGUUCCAUAAUUUACUAAUCACAGACUGUGAAACAUGGAACAACAUGUUGGCCACUGCACGCAAUUUCCAGCAUGACAAUAGCCCGUAGACGCUCCGCGCGUUGCUUAUCUCGUGUUCUUGCAAAGUCAAUAAACAAUGUCAGGUUCACCUUUCCAUUAUCUUUUAUAACCGCAUGUUCUCUCCCAACACCUGACAGUCAAAAAGGACAAUGGCGUCACCUCUUGCAGCAUACGUUCUGUUGUUGGUGUCUCUUGGAAACCUAGUGCAAGGCAUCGUAGUAAGUACAAAUGGAGAAGAGUUUGCAUUUGCUUUCUUUGCAAAUUUUUACAACACACCAGAGCCGGAUCCACUGAACGAUAUCUACAUCUCCUCAACAUCAGAAUCCAAAUGUACAAUUGAUUAUAAUUAUGACGACAUGAGAAGAAGACGAAUCGAGGUUACCAUUCCAGCCUAUUCGGUUACAAAGGAAACACUCCCAGGUAGCACACAGCUCAAUGCACAGAGUGGAAUAGAAAAUAAAGGAAUUCACAUUAACUGCACCAAUCCUGUGGCAGUUUACGGGUAUAACAAAAAUACCAAUGACUAUGCACACACCAGUGAUUCCUUUACAGCCCUCCCUGUUGCAGCCCUUACGACAGAAUACAUAAUUCCAGGUGUCAACAACAACCCUUUUUUUGGAGUGGUAUCAACAAGGGACAACACCUCGGUAACGAUCCACUUAAUCUCAUCAUGUUCAGUUAAGUUCAACAACACUUUGUACAAAACAGGAGGUAUACUUGAGGUUAGUCUGAAGAGGAACGAUGUCUUGCAGAUAAUACAUGAUUCAGCAAUGCAUUCGAUAUAUGAUUGUGAUUUUGGUGGCACUUAUAUCAAAACUUCUUUUCCCGUAUCUGUGUUUUCGGGUUCUGUUUACUACAGUCCCUACGGCAUGGUCGGAUCACACCUGGUUCUCCAGGUUCCUCCUCUCAGCGCCUUCAGCACCACAGCAAUAGUCCCCAGGGUCCCUGCACCAACUUCACAGACGGUCGUGCGUCUACUUGCCAGCCAGAAUGACACCUCAGUCACCAUUACGUCUAUCCGUCAAUCUAUUGUCAGUGUAUAUAACGCAUCACUUACACGGAGAGAGUUUAAGGAUUUCAACAUCACACUAAUGGACACAGAUUUGUUUAUUAAAAGUAAUAAACCCGUAAUGGUUGUUCAGAACAGUUACUUUCAGCUCAAAGGCGGGAUGACUUUGUUCUCACCAGGACCUGAUUUGUACCUGACAGAGUAUACCUUUCAAACUAUGGACAUAUCAGGACAACACUCACUUUACUCGUUUUGCAACCUUGUUUGUGAAACACGCUUCAUUGGUAGUAUAUAUGUUAAUGGCAACACAUCAUCGGAUAUAACUUGGAAUAACAUCACAUCACUGCAAUAUUCAGUUGGAAUUCUGGCUCUAAAGUCCUCAACACCCUAUCACAUAAAGAGUAAACAUCCUUUUUACCUCAGAGUACAUGGAAACCCUGGAUAUGCUGCAUAUGGUUUCACCGGUGGAUACAAGCUUCUUUCACACGAGAGCAAAGUACUGCACCUCCAGUGUCUGACAGAGGGCUGGUUUGCAUCAGUUGACCUGAAUGAACUGUCAGCCACCCCCAGUGACAUCUCACACAUCUACAUGGCCACAGACAGGUGUACGGGCACGCUCCGAGGAAACAUCCUUGUAUUCAAUGUAUCUUAUGACAGCUGUCACACCGAAAGAAAGGUUAAGAAUGAUAGUAUCAGCUUUAGAAACUACAUCGUCUAUGCAGCGCCAUCAAACGACAACAUAACUAAAGCAAUCAAAUGGCGUGGUGACCUAGAAUGUUCGAAAGCUGAUCAUGCAACCGACUCCGUUCACAUCUACCCCGAACACAAUGCAACAAGCCACACAGGUGUAUCGGGUGAGAUUCAGGGUCCUGGAGUACACAUCAGUCUCUUCAAGGAUCCUGCCUACCAAGUCCCGUUCGUAGAGACUCAACAGAAGGCACAAGUUGGGCAGCCUAUAUUCGUCCAAGUAUCUGAUCCACUAUCUGAGGACACGAUAAUGAUUUUAAAGCACUGCUAUGCCCACCUGACUACGGACUUCCAAAACUCCGUUUCCCACCUUCUUCUAGACAAAGGUUGUCCAGUUGACAGUUCAACUCAAGUAUUGAUGUCCAGGGACCACGUGACAAGAUUCAGGUUUGACAUGUUUGAUCUGCCCACUGAGGACGACGGCCUAUACGUCACAUGUGACGUCACGUUCUGUGAUCAGAUGGACUUCUCACCACACUGUCAACAAGGAUGUCACACUGACCCCCAAGUUGGAAUUAUUGGCUGAAAAUUUAAAUAUUCAGAUAGCAAUAUUGAAGCGUAAAUGCCCACUUGUUAUCAUGAAAAGAUCCAACAGAAGUAAAUGAUAUAGCAUAAUGCUUUGAUUACAAUCUAACACCCUGGAUAGUAGCCAAAUAAUUCCAUGAUCUGAUACUGUUUUGUUGAGUACUUAACUGAUAUUUAAGAGGAUUUGAAAUAACUAAAUAUUUGACUAACUGUAAUAAGUUCACAAAGAUAAGGAGAGUAAUCCCACCAUUGACCUCAUGCCCAUGCAGCCUCUGGCAUGCAUAAAACGUUAUAUGUUUGUGUCUUUCAUUUUACAAAAUGGAAAAUCAAGUAUAAUGUUUCUACUAGUUCUGAUAUCCCUCUAACACGUUGACAUGCGUGACCCUUAUAUAUCCAACAGUUAGAUAUCAGAAGUUGACGUCCCACACGAUGCAUACUGUUUCAGGAGCGUGGCGUAGGUUUACGAUUGAUAUUAUCAGCAUGUCCCACGACCAGUGACGUCUCACAGAUGUACAUGGCCACUGGCUGAACAUUUAUAUAUUCAUAUAGGAACCUAAUAAGUAUUCAUGGAUACUCGUUGUCGGUACAUGACCUGGAAGAGGCAAAUGAUAAUGAUUACACUUUCGUUGUGAUCUAAUAGCCUGGAAACAAUCUAGAGUUAUUAUUUUUAAAGAUAUAAUAUCAUUUUAUAAAUUAUUCAAUUGAUAGUUAAAGUGUAAUGGUAAAGCAACUGUCGAUUAGACUCCGCUAAGUCAUCCAAACAUUUGGAGAGCUCUAAUACAGAUAAUAUUUUCAUAUGAUGAUCUGAAAACAUUAGUUUGUGCACAUUUUGGAAAGUUCUUGUGUGAGUAGGGGGUGUCAGUAGAGCAGCAAAUAGUGACCCUUUUCUGGAAAACCUGGUGUUAUCACUGACUUUCAGGGAUCUUUUCACAUGCAUUUCACCACACUUUUGCUUUUUCGUUGCUGUUUGCGCAGAUAAUCGGGACCGAUUAUUCUCUGGCGUUGGCGUUUUACAUAUUCACUGCAGCAUAAUUAAUCGCUUUGAGUUCAAUGUAAGUUAUGUGGUGGCUUUUAUAAAAUAAUCAAUGGUAUGAUAUUGUUUUGAAUACUUAUUUGAUAUUUAACACGUUUUGAAGAUUGCCGAUAUCAUCAAAAUAAUUGGCUUGCUGUAAUGAUACAAUCAAUGACGUGAACAGUAAAGUUGUUAUUUUUUUGCAUAAUGAUCUGACAAUUCAUAUGUAUAUUUUGAUGGUAUGUUUCAAUAACGAUACGUUAUUCACUGCAGCUCUGGCAUCCAGCUGAUUGUUCUGGUGACGGUAGAGAUUAUUCUCUGGUUUUGAAGUUGUUCAUUCACUACAGCUGCAGCAUCCAGCUGAUUGUUCUCGUGACGGUAGAGAUUAUUCCCUGGUUUUGAAGUUGUUCAUUCACUACAGCUGCAGCAUCCAACUGAUUGUUCUCGUGACGGUAGAGAUUAUUCCCUGGUUUUGAAGUUGUUCAUUCACUACAGCUGCAGCAUCCAGCUGAUUGUUCUGGUGACGGUAGAGAUUAUUCUCUGGUUUUGAAGUUGUUCAUUCACUACAGCUGCAGCAUCCAGCUGAUUGUUCUCGUGACGGUAGAGAUUAUUCCCUGGUUUUGAAGUUGUUCAUUCACUACAGCUGCAGCAUCCAGCUGAUUGUUCUGGUGACGGUAGAGAUUAUUCCCUGGUUUUGAAGUUGUUCAUUCACUACAGCUGCAGCAUCCAGCUGAUUGUUCUGGUGACGGUAGUGAUUAUUCUCUGGUUUUGAAGUUGUUCAUUCACUACAGCUGCAGCAUCCAGCUGAUUGUUCUGGUGACGGUAGAGAUUAUUCUCUGGUUUUGAAGUUGUUCAUUCACUACAGCUGCAGCAUCCAGCUGAUUGUUCUGGUGACGGUAGAGAUUAUUCUCUGGUUUUGAAGUUGUUCAUUCACUACAGCUGCAGCAUCCAGCUGAUUGUUCUGGUGACGGUAGAGAUUAUUCCCUGGUUUUGACUUUGUAUAUUUACUACAGCUUCAGCAUCUAGCUGACUAUUCUGGUGACGAUAGAGAUUAUUCCCUGGUUUUGACUUUGUAUAUUUACUACAGCUUCAGCAUCUAGCUGAUUGUUCUGGUGACGGUAGAGAUUAUUCUCUGGUUUUGACGCUGUAUAUUCAAUACAGCCGCAGCAGCAUAGUUGAUUGUUUGGUGGUGGUACAUUGAUUGCGUGGGUUAGAUGUAAGUGGUGUGAUGGAUUUCAUAAAAAUAGCUAAUUCUUUUUCUCGAUUCUCAUUGUCAUGUCUAUUCUUUACUUUGAACCAAUCGUAAUACGACACUAAAGCAUGUGGCAUUGUGCUUCCCACGACAAUGAAAUCCGCAGCUUUUCGUCCUCUAAAGAAUCAGUUUAUUGCAGACAGAUGUUUGAUUUGUACAUGGGAUGGAGCAUGAAUAUUACAUUACAAUUGCAUUUUGAAGUGUUUGGCUGGAAAUGUUGGUAUUCUAUUAGAUAUAUAUUUGCAUGAAUAUGGAGUGUUUCGGUCUAUCAAGACCAGAACAUUGAGAUAAUGAAUAAAACAUUUUCACGAAUAGCA